AGUGCCCCUUUCAGGGGUGGGACUUCUUUGCAUAGCCACACCUAGAUACUCAAGUAAUCUAGUUGCAGCUUUGGGAGCUUCUGGGGGGCUGAGAAGUAGGCAUAACAUAAAAGAAAAGGAGAAUAGAUUUAGGCUGUUCUUGCUACACAUGGAUGUGAAAUUAGCCUGAGUGAUUGCAACGGAUUUCAUCUACUGUGAACGUGGCUAAAUAACUAUGGCCAGAAAAAAUAAAGUGAUUCAUCCAAGGUCAUAGGUUGAAACAAAUGUUAGGUAAGUUAACCCACCAUCCCAGUUUGCCUUAAACUGUCCCAGUUUUAACAAUGAAAACCCCAUAUACUGGGAAAACCCUUUAGUUCUGGAUGAUUGGUUACCCUAUAGCCAGGAUUAAAAUGUCUAUCUCUCAAUUCUCAAACCUGUGCUAAAGAUAAUGCCCUAUGUCAUCUUUAUUCUAAAAACUAUUAUCUGAAUAGUAUUCCUCCUUGUCUACACCUUAGUAUAUCAGGACAUUUCUUCAUGGUGGGUCAUCUUCCCCUAGGACAGAAGCAAUAACAUCUAGUGGACCUCAAAGGUACUCAAGACAGUUUUGGCAAAAGAGGGCCAUGUUUCAGCUUUCUUAUCCACAAAACAAUGACAAUAAUUUCUAUAUUGUUUACUUCACAUGGUUAUUGUGUGGAUCAAAUAAUAAAGGAUGUUAAACUGUUUUAUAAGCUGCUAAUAGCUAUUCACAUGUGAGAAAUUGUGGUUAUCCUUUACUCAUCCAGGCAGAAGCUAGCUCCUUGCUUUAUUCUCUUUCCAGGUCAGCAAGUGGUAUAGCAACUAAUUCUGUGAACUUUGGUGAAUUUCUUGGCCUCUGUGCCUCUGUUUCCUCAUAUGCAAAUUGGGGCUAAUGAUAAUCUCUGAUAUGCUGGUGUAAAAUAUUGAAUGAAAUAUUAAAUGUAAAGUAUUUAAAAGAUUUCCUGGCACAUUAGCAUUAGCUAUUUUGGAUUGGCUUCCUCAACCCUGUAACUCAGAGCCAGAGACUAUGUUAAAAGGACGCAUAAAUCAAGUGAAAUGGAAGCCACUACUUACAUUUUGAUACCUUUUCACUAGCUCCCCAGUAUUUGUGUUAUGUACCCAUAGCCUUUCCACAAUGGAUUGCCAAGAAAAUGAGUACUGGGACCAAUGGGGACAGUGUGCCACCUGCCAACUGUGUGGACCUGGACAAGAACUCUCCAAGGUGCCUUCCAGUUGAGCUUAAUGAAGGAAAAUGUACACACAGUGCCCCCUCAGGAGGCCACACUUGUUGCAAUGAUGAGCAGUCUUCUCAUGGUGUUUACCCUGGUCUUCCUGGGGCUCUUCUUCCUCUACUGCAAGCAGUUCUUCAACAGACAUUGCCAGCGUGAGAGAGAGAAAAAGCGCAAGUUGGAGAAGAGCAGACAGAGAAGGAGAGAAUGCAAAGCAAGUUUCAUGCUCAGCAUGGAGUUCGAUGUGUGGCUUGAUCCCAUGAACCAUGAGAUCAUCACGUGAGCUGAAAUCCAAAGUUGGACACUUACCCAACUGAGCCACCCAGGUGCCCCUGAUAAAAACAUUUUCAACAUGCCCCCAAGUCUACAUAAUUGUUGAAUUGUCUAUAUUUGAACUAGCUAAAUAGGUUGCUUUUGUUUGUAUGGGAGGGGAGAUAUUUGCUGGGAAUGAGUUUGCUUUUGGUUCACUAUUUUCCUCUCUGUAUACCUGGAUUUGGAUUUUGACAGGAAAGAAUCUGGGAGAGCAAUUUUCUUCUUCAAGUUUCUCAUACCCAGGCUAGGUAAGAAUGUCACUACUGCUGCACUCUUUCCACCACAUACAGUCCUACUAUACUUGGAAGAUAAUCUCUCAUGCCCCUAACACCCUGCCCACCUUACUAUCAAGUUCUUUGGUGUUUAACUUUGAAUGUAACUAAAUUCUAAUUACUUUUCCCUCAUAAAUUGGUGAUUUAUAGAAAUUGUGUUAAAUCUUGAGUCAUAUGUAUGUGUGGCUACUGGCAGAGUUAGGUUUUGUUUUUGAUGUUCUGGAAAAAUUUCAUGUUAGCCAGUAAACAGAAAUACUUCCAAACACUUUUUUUCCUCUAUUUUUAAAAAAACCAGAGUGUUUCACUUGGCUGGUGUAUCUUUGCUCAGUGAAUACAGACAGGGAAUAAGAAAAUGUGUUUCUUACAGUGGGUGUGGCAUCAGGGGAAGUGGAAUCCAGUAACUUGUCACUCAGAAUAUAUGGAUUAUAGUCCAAGCUAUCCUUCUAUCUUUUUAAAUUGUUUAUAACAUUUAUCUUCUAGUCUGGGCUAUAGAUGUACUAGAAAUUGUUGAGUUCUAAACUAAUACUUCUUAAACAGGAUUCCAUGGUUCUAAAAGACUGUGCAUAUGUCUUUUGAAGUCUGCAAUUUGUAGGAGUUUGUGUGUGUGUUUUUUUUCAUUUUUAUCAUAUUUUUUAAAUGCAAGCUUAUUCUAUUUAGAUCUUCUGAAAAUAUUUACACAAAUAUUUAUAGAAACAUUAUUUAUAACAUCCAUAAAGUAGGAACAACCCAAAUGUCUAUCAAUUGUGCGUAGAUAAACAAAUAAUCAUAUAUACAUAAUGGAAUACUAUUCAGUCAUAAAAAAGGAUUGAACUGACACACAGUAUGUUAUACAUGAGCCUCAAAGCAUGAUAAUUGAAAAAGGCAGAUACAACAGACCACAUAUUGUAUGAUUCAAUUUCUAUAAAGUGUUCAUAAAGGCAAGCUAAUAGAGACAUAAGGUACAUUAGUGGUUGCCUGGAGCUGGAGGUGAGAAAAAAAUAUUAAAUGUAAAUAGGCAUGAAGGAUCUUAUUUGGGGAUUAAAGUUCUAAAAUUGGGUUAUGAUAAUGACUGCUGCAAAAUUCAGUAAAGGUAAUACAAAUCAUUAAAAUGUGCACUCAAAAUCAAUGAAUUUUACAGUAUGUAAAGUAUACUUCAAAAAAGCUGUUUUUAAAAAUAUUCUAUGAUCACAGAUUUAUGAGUAGACUCUGGUGUUUACCAAUUUUAUUACUUUCCAAACACCUGCAUUGCCAGAAAUAAUCCCAAACAAUUUCAAUUUAUCUUUCUACCUCCCUCCCCUGCCCCUCCCCCAUAUACACACACAUACACACACGUGCAUGCAUGCACACACACACACACACAACACCCAAUUACUCAAUUCAGGACAAAAGAGAUCGAACCUGAGUCCGAUUCAGUUGUUGUUUUUUUUUUUUUUUUGAGCCCUUACAAAUUACCUUUCAUGUGUUUUCUCACUUUCAUAUUUUGUUUCAUUUAAUACUCAUGAUGUUCCUAGGUGAUGAGUGUUCUUUAUAAUCUUUAUUUUACAAAAGAAGAAACUGAAGCCAAAAAGAUUUAAUGGUUUUUCUAUGGUUAUACAGCAGUAAGUGCUGGGCUGGAAUUCCAGCCCCAGUCUGUCUGAUUCUGAAGCAUAAGCAUUCCCCAUUAUGCCACAGCUGCCUCCCUAAGACAGGCCCCAGAAAAGAGAAUCCUAUUUAUCCCACUGGAUUUCUCAUAGUUUAGAAGGCUACAUCAAAGAGUCUCCCUGGGAAUUUCUAUGUAUAACAAAAUAGUGUCAAUGUAUUAUCAGCUCAUGAUGAUCAUUCCCAUAUUAUCAGAAGAACCACAUUGCUUAUGCUGUCUUUUGGCCACAAUGCUGUCAAUGAGAGAGCAUCCUGUAGAUCUGAGUUCUUAUUGCACCUCCAUCAUUCCCUAGGUGAAAUACCCUUCUCCCUUUCCUCGGCCUCAGUUUUCCCCUUGGUGCGCAAAGGAGAUUAGACACAAUGAUCUCUAAGAGCCUUACAACACUGAAAGGCAAUGAACAUGAAAGAUCUAGCUUUGCUGUAGACUCACUCUUGGUAGCAGGAGUUCUCAAAGGAGAGGCAGGAAAAGAAUAACCAGAAAUGGUGACUAGAAAACAACUGAGUGAAUAACAAGAGGUGAUUUUUUUUUUCAAUUUAUGAACUUUAUUGAUGUUUUCAUUCCGUUUUGGAAUCAGCUCUUUUUAAUCCCCUGACAUUUUAACCAAAUUUUGAUUAAAAAGUGCCCCUAAAGAUUAUCCACAGAUCUUCCAGCAGCUCCUAAGAAAGUAAACUUUCCUUAAGUAGGAACAACAAAGAGACAUAUAUAAUGGUGCAUAUAUAACUUUUCUACUCAUUCAUGCGCUAUCUAUAAAACCAUAUCUCAGCGCACCUGGGUGGCUCAGACAGUUAAGUGUCCAACUCUUGCCUGGGCUCAGGUCAUGAUCUUACCUGUUGUGGGUUGAGCCCCACGGGGAGCUCCUUGCUGACAGUGUGGAGCCUGUUUGGGAUUCUCUCUCUCUCUGCCCCUCCCUUACUCACGUCCCCCCACCCUUUCUUUUUCUCUCUCAAAAUAGAUAAACAAAACUUAAAAAAGUAUAUAUCAUAGAGUGCCUGGGUGGCUCAGGCAGUUGAGCAUCCGACUUCAGCUCAGGUCAUGAAUUCGCGGUUGGUGAGUUCCAGCCCCACAACAUGCUCUGUGCUGACAGUUCAGAGCCUGGAGCCUGCUUCAGAUUCUGUGUCUCCCUCUUUCUCUCUCUGCCUCUCUCCCCCUCUCAAAAUAAAUAAACAUUAAAAAAAAUAAAAAUAUAGAUAUACCUCACUUUUUAAGUGUUUAAGUUCCAGUUAAUUAACAUACAGGGUAAUAUUAGUUUCAAGUGUAUAAUGUAGUUAUUCCACCCUUACAAACAAGACCCGGUGCUCAUCACAAGUGCCCUCAUUAAUCACCUUCAUCUAUUUAACACAUCCACCCCCACCUACUUCCCCUCUGGUAACCAUCAGUUUGUUCUCUAAUAAUUAAUUACAAUAAAUUAAUUAAUUAUGUUGCAAUUAAUUAAGUAAGUAAGUAAUUACAUAAUUAAUUAAUUAAUUAAUUGCCUCUCUCUUUUAUUCCCCUAUGAGCAUUCUUUUUGUUUCGUAAAUUCCACAAAUGAGUGAAUUCAUAGGGUCUUUCUCUUAUUGAUGUAUUUCGCUUACCAUAAUACACAAUACCUCCUUCCAUGUCCUUGUAAAUGGCAAUAUUUCAUUCAUUUUUAUGGCUGAGAAAUAUAUAUAAUCACAUCUUUUUUACACAUUCAUUACUUUUUUUAUUGUUAAAUUUAUUUAUUUAUUUUUAAGACAAAAUGUUAUUAUUAUUAUCUUUAAUUUACAUCCAAGUUAGUUAGAAUAUAGUGCAAAAAUGAUUUCAGGAGUAGAUUCCUUACUGCCCCUUACCAUUUAGCCCAUCCCCCCCUCCCACAACCUCUCCAGUUACCCUCUGUUUGUUUUCCAUAUUUAAGUCUCUUAUGUUUUGUCCUCCUCCCUGUUUUUAUAUUAUUUUUACUUCCCUUUCUUAUGUUCAUCUGUUCUGUCUCUUAAAGUACUCAUACGAGUGAAGUUAUAUGACAUUUGUCUUUCUCUGACUGAUGAAUUUCUCUUAGCAUAAUACCCUCCACGUAGUUGCAAAUGGCAAGAUUUCAUUCCUUUUGAUUGCCAAGUAAUACCCCAUUGUAUAUAUAUACCACAUCUUCUUUAUCCAUUCAUCCGCCGAUGGACAUUUGGACUCUUUCCAUACUUUGGCUAUUGUUGAUAGUGCUGCUAUAAACAUUCUGGUGAAUGUGUGCCUUUGAAAUAGCACACCUGUAUCCCUUGGAUAAAUACCUAGUGGUGAAAUUUCUGGGUCAUAGGGUAGUUUUAUUUUUAAUUUUUUGAGGAACCUCCAUACUGUUUUCCAGAGUGGCUGCACCAGCUUGCAUUGCCUCAAACAAUGCAAAAGAGAUCUUCUGUCUCCCCAUCCAUGCCAACAUCUGUUGUUGCCUGAGUUGUUAAUGUUAUCCAUUCUGACAGGUGUAAGGUGGUAUCUCAUGAUGGUUUUGAUUUGUGAUUCCCUGAUGAUGACUGAUGUUGAGCAUUUUUUCAUGUGUUGGUUGGCCAUCUGGAUAUCUUCUCUGGAGAAGUGCUAUUCAUGUCUUUUGCCCAUUUCUUCACUGGAUUCUUUGUUUUUUGGGUGUUGAAUUUGAGAAGUUCUUUGUAGAUUUUGGAUAUUAACCCUUUAUCUGACAUGUCGUUUGUAAAUAUCUUCUCCCAUUCAGUCGGUUGCCUUUUGGUUUUGCUGAUUGUUUCCUUUGCUGUGCAGAAGCUUUUCAUUUUGAUUAGGUCCCAAUAGUUCACUUUGCUUUUGUUUCACUUGCCUCUGGAUACAUGUUGAGUAAGAAGUUGCUGCAGCCAAGGUCAAAGAGGUUUUUGCCUGCUUUCUCCUCGAGGAUUUUGAAGGCUUCCUGUCUUACGUUGAGGUCUUUCAUCCAGUUUGAGUUUAUUUUUGUGUAUGGUAUAAGAAAGUGGUCCAGGUUCAUUCUUCUGCAUGUCGCUGUCCCGUUUUCUCAGCACCACUUGCUGAAGAGACUGUCUUUACUCCAUUGGAUAUUCUUUCCUGCUUUGUCAAAGAUGAGUUGGCCCUAUGUUGGUGGGUCCAUUUCCUGGUUCUCUAUUCUGUUCCAUUGAUCUGAGUGUCUGUUCUUGUGCCAGUACCAUACUGUCUUGAUGAUUCCAGCUUUGUAGUAUAGCUUGAAGUCUGGGAUUGUGAUGCCUCCUGCUUUGGUUUUCUUUUUCAAGAUUGCUUUGGCUAUUCGGGGUCUUUCCUGGUUCCAUACAAAUUUUAGGAUUGUUUGUUCUAGCUCUGUGAAAAAUGUUGAUGUUAUUUUGAUACGGAUUGCAUUGAAUAUGUAGAUUGCUUUGGGUAGUAUCAACAUUUUAACAAUAUUUGUUCUUCCUAUCCAGGAGCAUGGAAUCUUUUUCCUUUUUUUGUGUGUGUCUUCUUCCAUUUCUUUCAUAAGCUUUCUAUGGUUUUCAAGUGUAUACUUUUUUCACCUCUUUGGUUUGAUUUAUUCUUAGUUAUUUUAUAGUUUUGUUGCAAUUGUAAAUGUGAUUGAUCCCUUGAUUUUUCUUUCUGUUGCUUCAUUGUUUAUUGAUUAAUUUAUAUGGUGGGUGAUUCCACUUUGGGGGCAAAAUUGAUUAUAAUUUUUAUAUCUUGUUGAUGGAUAGACCCCUCAAUUAUGAUACAAUGCCUUUCUUCAUCUCUUGUUACAAUCUUUGCUUCAAAUUUUUAAAAGUUUAUUUAGUUUUAUUUAUUUAUUUUGAGAGAGACAGAGACAGCACAAGUGGGGGAACAGCAGAGAGAGAGGGAGACAGAGAAUCCCAAGAAGCCUCUGCAUUGUCAGCACAGACCCCAAUGCAGGGCUUGAUUCUAUGAACCGUGAGAUCAUGACCUGAGCCAAAACCAACAGGCAGGCGCUUAAGUGAUUGAGCCACCCAGGAUCCCCCAGUCUUUGUUUUAAAAUCUAGUAUGUCUGUUAUAAGUAUGGCUACUCUGACUUUCUUUUGACAACCAUUAGCAUGACAGAUGAUUCUCCAUCCCUUUCAAUCUGCAGGCGUCUUUAGGUCUAAAAUCAGUCUCUUAUAGGCAGCAUAUAGAUGGAUCUUUCUUUUUUAAUUAAUUCUGAUAACCUAUGUCUUUUGAUUGGAACAUUUAGUCCAUUUAUAUUCAGAGUGGUUAUUGAAAGAUAUUAAUUUAGUGUCAUUGUGUUGCCUGUAGCAUUGGUGUUCCUGGUGAUGUUCUGUGGUCCUUUCUAGUCUUUGUUGCUUUGGUCUAUUUUUCUCCCUUCAAAGAGUCCCUCUUAAAAUUUUUUUGCAGGGCUUGUUUAGUGAUCACGAACUCUUUUACAUUUUGUUUGCUUUGGAAACCCUUUAUUUCUCCUUCUAUUCUGAAUGAUAGCUUUGCUGGAUAAAAAAAUACUGACUGCGUAUUUUUCGCAUUCAGCGCGUUAAAUAUAUCCUGCCACUCCUUUCUGGCCCACAACGUUUCUGUAGACAGAUCUGCUGUGAACCUGAUAUGUCUUCCUUUGUAGGUUAAGAAUUUUUUUUUUCCCUUACUGCUUUCAGGAUUCUUUCUUUGUGUGUUUUGUGAAUUUGACUAUGAUAUGUCUUGGCAAUGGUCAGCUUUUGAUGUAUUUAAUGAGAGUUCUCUGUGCUUCUUGGAUGUUGAUGUCUGUGUCCUUCCCUAGAUUAGGAAACUUUUCAGCUAUAAUUUGCUGACAUAAACCUUCUGCCUCUUUUUCUCUCUUUAUCUUCUGGGACUCUUAUGAUAUGAAUGUUAUUCCAUGUUAAUAAGUCACUGAGUUCCCUAUGUCUAAUCCAUUACCUUCAUAAUCCAUUACCUUUCUUUCUCUCUCCAUUUCAGCUUAAUUAUUUUCCAUAAUUUUAUCUUUUAUAUCACUGAUUUGCUCCUCUGCUUCACCUAUCCUCGCUUUUAUGGCUUUCAUUUGGGUUUACAUCUUCAUUGUAGCUUUUUAAAUUUCUGCUUUAUUACAUUUUAGUUUUCUUAUCUCCGCAGAAAGGCAUUCUCUAUUGUCUUUCAUACUUUUUUCAAGCCCAGCUAGUAUAGUAUCAUUAUAAUUGUUAUUUUAAAUUCUAGUUCAGACAGCUUACUUAUAUCUAUAUUGAUUAAAUUCCUGGUCAUGAGGUAUAGAUCCUGUUUUUUCUUUUGGGUUGAAUUUUUCCAUCUUGUCAUUUUGUCCAUAAAAGAAAAUUGAACCAAAACAAAUAAAAGAUACAAAACAAAAAACAAAGAAACAAAACAAAACAAAACAAAAAAGAGAUCUUGGGUGUGUUUUAGUCUGCUUGUUAAAAUAACUAGAUCUAAAAAUAGAAAAAAUAAAAUAAAAUAAAUACACAAAAAUUAUAUAUAUAUAUAUAUAUAUAUAUAUAUAUAUAUAUAUAUAUAUAGGACACCUAUGCCCUAUAUAUAGGACACCUCAAUCAGACGAUUGAGUGUCUGGUUCUUGAUUUGGUUAGGGUCAGGAUCUCACUGUGAGUUUGAGCCCCAUGUCCGGCUCCAUGCUAACAGCAUGUAGCUUGCUUGGGAUUCUUUCUCUCUUUCUGUCUCUCUGUUCCUCUCCCACUCAUGUCGUCUCUGUCUCCAUUUCUCAAAGUAAAUAAACUUAAAAUUUAAAUAGAAAUAUAAAAAAAUUAUAAUAAUAAUAAAUGAAUAAUAGGAAUUGAAAAAAUAAGCAAAUAAAUGAAAAAUAAUAAUAAAAAAUAAAGAAUAAAAGUAAAAAGGAAAAUUGAUCCCAUUUCCCCAAGAACUGAAAUUUGCAGCACCCUACAAUCAGCAGAAUUGCUGCAAGGGAGUUGUUUGUGUUGGUCUUCUGGGGCAGGGUCCUGUUGCACUGAUUCUCAAGUGGACUUGCUGUAGUGUAAAUGCACCUCUGAGGUAGAGGGGCUGGGUUUGGUGUACAUAGAUUUGGGCUCCACUAGGUGGUGCUGUUUUGCUCUCUGAAGACCUUUAGCACUAAUGCAAGGGAUGAAUAUGUUAGCACCCCAUUAUCUAGCCCCAGAGCUGAAAGUUUGUGCCCUUCAGUUUUCAGAGAACCUUCACAGAGGAGCAAAUAGUCACCCCUCUUCUGUCCCCAGUUUUCAUCUAACCUUGCAUUUACCCUGUUUGUGUCCAAACAUUUGUAUCUCAGGCAUGAGACUGAGUUUUGAAACUCCAAAUUUUAGAAACUCCUGCAGUUCAGACCUGCACUGUUCCUCUGGAGGAGGGUCUCACCACGCUUUUGCCAUUUGUUGGUCAUGCAAGGAAAGUGGUUGCAUGACUCCAGCAGUUCAAAGUUUAUGGCAAAAUAGAGAACUAAGCCAGCCCCCCAGCUCGUUUCCUGCAGCUAGAGUCCCUGUUUCUAUGUCUGGUAAGAGUGCAGCACUUUGGCACCACUCUGGUUUCUUCUUGCAACCCAGGGGAUUCUCCAUCUUUGCUGUCACUCCUGGGACUCCACCCUGCUUUUCCACCUGAAAAUCUUUAAGCCAGGCAUGUCUCCCACAGUAGUGGACUUGUAAAAGUUCAGAUUUUGUGCUCCACUGUUUAUAAUAUUUUACAGUAGCUUCCCAUAAGCAAGCUCCGUCCCUGCCAUCAUAUUCACUUAUAUCUCCCCCAAGUCAACUCUCUGCACCUUCUAACUUCCAAAACAUUGUUGCUUUUCUACUUGUGGACUUGCAGGGUUUCUUUGUUCCUUUACACCUCCAAUUGAUUUCUUGGGUGUUCAAAGUGAUGUGAUUACUAUCUAGCUGUGUUCCAGGGAUGAGACAAGCUUAGGGUUCCCUUUCACUUCUACCAUCUUAACUCCUCCUGUGAGGUUAAUUUUCUAGUCAAUACCUACUUCAUAUUCCCAUCUUCUUUACAGGGAGCAAUGUGAAGUCUUGAGCUGACACCAUUUGCAUUACAUUCCACUCUGUGGAACCGCGUCUCUUUCACUUGUUUGGCAGAACCACCAGCAGUGAACUAAUCAGUGAGUCAACCACUUCUAAUCUUCCAUUUCAUCUCUAAACAUUAUAACUAGAAUACAGCCUUGGACCUCAGAUCUAACCACCUUUUCAUCUGUUAGAUAUCAUGUAGUCUAUUCCUUCAUUUUAAAAAAGAACAUUUACUAAUUAUAUAAGGAAAAUAAUCACAAUACAGAAUACUUGGAGACUGCAGAGAAGACAAAAUACCCUAAUACAAAAUACAAGACAAAACAAAACAAAAUACUGGAACAUAGGUCACUGUUGAUCACUCUGUUCUAUUUCAUUUCAGCAUUUUCUCAGCUUGUACAUACUUUAAAAAAAUAGGGACGCCUGGGUGGCUCAGUUGGUUAAGCAUCCAACUUUGGCUCAGAUCAUGAUCCUGUGGUUCCUGGGUUGGAGCCCCACAUUAAGCUCUGUCCUGACAGCUCAGAACCUGAAGCCUACUACGGAUUCUGUGUCUUCCUCUCUCUCUCUCUUCACCUCCCCUGCUCAUGCUCUGUCUCUCUCUCAAAAAUAAACAUUAAAAAUAUAUUUAAAAAUUGUAUGCAAAGAGUUCAGCUAAUUAUAUUAUUCUGGAUCUUUCACUUUUCCUUCUUUCCAUAUUGCUUUGUAAUACUCCAAACCAUCACUUCAUUGAAAAACAUUGUGACUUUUGAAUGUUUAAAAAGAAGGAAAAUAACAUAUUUCACCAUACCACCCUAACACGAUAACAUUAUGCUUCUCUUUCUUCCUUUAAAGUAACACCUUAUUUAAAGGCAGAAGGAUUUAAUCAUAAUUGUAACCUUACCUUCAGCCCAGUAUGAGGGGCUGUUGACACUUAUUUCAUAAAUAUUUUCCGAGGUUCUAAGAAGUAUUCAUAAUUAAUCUACUCUUUAAAUAUUAUACAAGCAAUAUAACCACAUUUUACAGCAUUUUUGAAAUUGAGAACAUGGAUAAAAUCUCUUUAAUUCAACUCUCAAAACAAAAACACUUUUAGCAAUUUGAAAUACAUCAUUCCAGUAUUUUUUCUAUGCCUGUUUUUAUAUACUUGUAAUUAUAUUGUUGAUCCAGCUUUGCAUUCUGCUUUUUGCUUAAUAUCACAACUCAAACAUAUCCACAUUCUACAUAGAUUUUAUUCUACUUUCUUAAAAAGCAAUAUGACCAUAUAGCAGGGAAUUUAGAAAACAGGAGGAAAAACAAGAACAGAUCUUUUCAAAUAUUCUUACCCCACUUGGCCACCAUUGGCCAUUCAAUUUCUCUUUAGAUUUUAUUUAAAAUGUUAUGUAUAUUUAAAUAUGUUUAUAUAUAUAUAUAUAUUUAAUUUUUAUUGAAGU